UUUUCAAGGAAUAAUACAAGCGUGACGAUGCCGCAUACGGGUCAAGCUGGAGUUAAUCAACUGGGAGGUGUCUUUGUCAAUGGACGUCCUCUACCAGAUUGUGUAAGACAGCGAAUUGUUCAAUUGGCUCUUGUUGGAGUACGUCCUUGUGAUAUUUCCCGUCAACUUCUCGUUUCUCAUGGAUGUGUUUCCAAGAUAUUAACCCGCUUCUACGAAACUGGAAGCAUCAGACCUGGCAGCAUUGGCGGCAGUAAAACUAAGCAAGUGGCAACACCGACGGUGGUGAAAAAAAUACUUCGAAUGAAGCAAGAGCAGCCGACGAUGUUUGCUUGGGAAAUAAGGGAACAGUUGGCGAGACAAGGUGCCUGUGAUCCACAAAGUUUGCCCUCAGUUUCUUCAGUUAACCGGAUUUUGAGAGGAGGUGGAUUGCAUACGGAUCAUCCUAUUGAUGCUGGAUCAUCUGGUAGCUAUCAGGGACAUGUAUCAGGAAAUCCGGAAUCCAGAGAAGCCCUCAUGAGAACGGAUUAUCAGUUAUUUUAUCCUGGAUCACUUGGUCCACUUCACAUCUCCACGAAUGGAUCAACUCCCGGAUCUGGUGCACCCACGUGGAAUCCUGGAUUUUAUUCCUCACUCUAUCAAGCGACGACACUGCACUUGCAUCAUGGAAUGCAGUCAUUUACAUCACUGGAAACUGAGCGACUUUCUGAGCAACAAAACAGUCAGAGUCAGGAAUUAAAAUCAAGUAGCAGCAGCUCAAUGGCUGGAAGUGACGACUCUCUUGACAAAAGUGACCUGGAUGACAAUAACGAGUCGUCGCAAGACUUUAAAUCUUUCCAAAACUCGCCGAUUAUUUUGGAACUCGGGCAAAAAAUAGGUAGUGACCGAAGCGCGUUCUCGCGUCACGGAACACCAAAUUCUUCAGCGAGUAUCACGUUUGACAGCAGUUCUCAAAGUCCAAGGUGUAUAACAGUCACCACAAGUACCACGAGUUCAAAAGACAGUUGUCAGGAUAAGAAAACGAGAGAAAUUACUGAUAAUCAAAGAGAUUCCGGUACUGUCACCGAUAAAGUUACUGCUGAAAAUAAUUUACAACCGGUUGUUCCGCCGCAAAGAAAGCGAAACCCAUACUCGAUAGAAGAGCUACUUAAAAAAGAUGAAAAUCAUCUUAUGACCAACAAGAGACGGCUUAUUGAUACCGGUGUUGUUCAGCCAUGUGGAAUUAUUGUCGGAAAAGAAGGCUAA